UAUAAUCGCGGGCUGAUGCCAUGCAGACGCUUGCUAGAAGCCUGGUUCAGGAUUGGAAAAUGCUACCAGAUGACAGAGGGCCGUCUGUGCCAGGUUCACCUCCUCGAUGGCAGGAAGCUAGAGCUGCUGGUUCAGCCCAAGCUUUUAUCCCGGGACCUGCUGGAUUUGGUGGCAUCACAUUUUAACCUGAAGGAGAAAGAAUACUUCGGACUAUGCUUCAUAGAUGACACUGGCCAGAAUAACUGGCUCCAGCUGGAUCGUAAAGUCCUUGAUCAUGACUUCUCCAAGACUUCAGAUCCUUUGGAGCUCAAGUUUCUUGUGAGGUUUUACAUUGAGAAGAUCACCUUCUUAAAAGAGAACACAACAGUGGAGCUGUUCUUCCUGAAUGCAAAAUCUUUAGUGUUUAAUGAAACCAUCGAGGUGGAGAGCGAAAAUGUGUUCAAGUUAGCCGCAUUCGCAUUGCAGGAGGCCAAAGGAGAUUAUAAAAGUGCUGAGAGUGCCAGAUCAGACCUGAAGCAGCUCCCAGUCCUGCCCACUCGAGUACUGAGGGAGCACCCGUCUCUCAAUUACUGUGAAGACAAAGUGAUUGAACAUUACAAGAAGCUGAAGGGACUGACCAGAGGAAAAGCCAUCGUGCAGUAUCUGGCCCUGGUGGAGUCCCUGCCGACAUAUGGAGUCCAUUAUUACCAAGUGAAGGACAAACAGGGAAUACCGUGGUGGCUCGGAGUCAGCUACAAAGGCAUCGGCCAGUACGAUUUACAGGAUAAGCUGAAACCAAGAAAGUUGUUUCAGUGGAAGCAGUUGGAGAAUUUGUAUUUCCGUGAGAAGAAAUUCGCAGUGGAAGUGAACGACCCGCACAGAAGAACAGUGACCAAGAAAACUUUUGGACAGACCGGUCUUGUUAUUCACACUUGGUAUGCCAGCCACUCUCUGAUUAAAACCAUCUGGGUGAUGGCCAUCAGUCAGCACCAGUUCUACCUGGACAGGAAGCAAAGUAAAUCCAAGAUGACCACGACCAGGAGUUCAGGAGACAUCGCCAUGGACCUCACAGAGAUCUGCGCCCCGCGGAUCAGUAAACUGUCCAGUCUCGAGAGCAAAGAUCAGCUCAUAAUGGCCAGCAACGGAAGCCUUAUCUCAGCCGGUUCUGCUGACUCCGAAGUCAGCGAGGAGCAGAAAAAAGAGAAGAUCUCCGAGUUGAAAAAGAAAGAGAAAGACCUUCAGGAUACACUGACAAAGAAGCUGGAGGAAUUAAAAAAGAUCUGCAUGAGAGAAGCUGAGCUCACAGGCAGAUUGCCCAAAGAGUAUCCCUUAGCCACAGGUGAAAAGGCCCCACAAGUUCGACGCAGGGUUGGGACAGCCUUCAAACUGGAUGAUCUUUUCCCUUAUAAUGAGGACCCACAUCUGAGGAAUCUGGAGAGCAGGUUCGCCUUGCAGCAGAAGAUCGUGGAAGCGGCAAUCAAACUUUCUAAUGAGGAAGACCUCUGCAAGACGGUGAAGAAAAAGAGGAGAAACAACUAUCUGGAUGCAAUGAGGAAGCUGGAGGACAUUGAGAAGGAGAUCAAUGCAUACAGGAUCAAGAAGGGAAAGAAACCCACCCAAAGAGCUUCACUGAUUCUAGCAGAUGAUGUCAACCCUUCAGACCUCAGCUCUCUAUCUGACAGCCUCACUCUGGAUGAUGACGACGAGGUCGGCUCCCAGAGGCAGCGAUCGAGAUCGGUCCAGUACUCCCCGAGACCCCACCAUGCAGAAACUCUGGACAUCCAUUACAGCAAAGACAGACGAGCCUCCUCCAAUGAGCAGCAUGCAGACAGCAGAUUAAAUUACUGCCAAGUCCAGGAAUCACUCCACUACAGUCACCGCGAUGCCUUAUCAAGCCACAGCAGCCCGUACAAACCGGCUUCCAGACAGCCACGUGACGCCCGCAGCAUGCCCCCCACCCCCCUCCUCACCCGCAACGCCUACAGCAGCACCCAGCUCAGAUCAGAGGACGUUCCACAACAUUUCCGCCAGCGUAGCGGUAGUCUGGAGUCUCAGUCUCAGUUCAUGACGGAGACCGAACCCCCCGCGCCAACGUUCGCCUUCUCCCCGGCCCGACGCAGCAACAGCACCGAGGUCCUCGACGACGGCUCCUCCUACACGAGCCAAUCCAGCGUCGAGUACAGCGUCCCCGGUAACCACACCCAUCGGCGCAGAGUUCGCGGACGCCACAGGAAAGACCUGUACGCCAACACGGGCAGUAUGCCCAACCUGGCUCAGCCGGACACCCGCUGUUACGCCUACCAGCCUCGGGCCCGACCCACCACGACGGCCUACUACGUCACGGGCUACCCCAGCUACACAGAGCCGGAGUCUUACGCCAACGGAGCCUACAUGUACGACAACGAGAUGGAGGGACACUACAACGUCAAUCCUUCCUAUCACCCCACCCCGACAGGGUACCACAGUCACGACGUGCACGGUCACUACAGCAAUGAUGAGAUGGACGGCAUGUCGCAGAACCCGUACGCGACCUUGAGGCCACCCAGGAACCGUCCGGUGCCCAGAAGCAACGAACAGGUCACUAAGAACAUCCAGAAGGCUUUAGUGGCUGAACACUUGAGAGGCUGGUACCAUCGUAACGCUGCACACAAACAGCCUGCAUACAACUACGACUAUGACAGAGGGUCCCAGCAGAGCCUGGGCUAUCAGACCAUGCCUGCACCCUACAGCCACACCAACAGGAACAUCUCCUACUCAUCAGUGUCCUCAGCCUCCUCUACUGGGAACUGGCACAACCACGUUAGUGGAGGUGGUGGUGGUGGUGGUAUGUUGGAGUAUGACAUGCCCAUGCAUGCGCCGCAGUCCUACUCUUACAAUACAGCCCCCUACAGCCACUCUGCCCACAACAGAUCUUACAUAGACGUCAGCCAAAUGGACCCAUCCAUCAACCAAAUGCACACCGGAGAGGACCCAGAAGACAAGAUUUACUGGCACGAAGACUCGAAACCGGGAACAAUAGUUUAGUCGCUCUCUCUCAUCACAGCGUACGACAUUUUCACCGUGACAUUGUUGUCAUUGUGCCUUACACUGCACUUACCUGUUUGUCUGUACAAAGCGGGAUACAAAGAAUGAAGGAACUCACUUCUGCGGAAUUCAGCACGUGAAAGUAAAAUGAAGACUUUUUCAUUUUACGUUCUGUUGUGAACACAAAUGCCAAAACAGACCCGGACGCUUUUUUGUUUAAAUCGUAACAAAAGCCUCACACGGGGGGGCGUCUACAUGUCUGGAUUGCGAGAGUUUGUGGUGAUGGCACUUGUGCACUGAAACUAUACCAGGAGCUGCAGUGGACUGUGUGGUAUAGCCAAAAAGGGAAAGGGGGACUCCAGACUCCUUAACUCCUCCUAGUGUUGUUCUGCAGAGAUGCCGGCGUCACAAACUGAGGAUCGCCUCUAUAAGACAGGCGUGUCCAAACUAUUUCAUAAAAGGCUGUGCCCCUGCAGAUUUUUGUUCCAAUCAAAAGCAAACAGUUCGACCAAUCAGUUGUCUGAAGACUGAGAUCAUAUGAUUAAAUGAGUUGAGCCUUCACUGGCAUGAAAACCUGCAGCCACAUGACCCUUUGUUGAAUAAUUUGGACACCUCCGCUACGUAAGAGGACACCGAGCCGCAACAAACGAACAACUAUGACUCAUGUUGUUCCGCCAUUUACAAACACUUUAAUGCACACUGUAACCACGAAGGAACAGACGAGGACUGAUAGGACAUUAACAUAAAAUGAAGGAUGGAACUCAUUAAAAUUGAGUUAAAAAAAACAAAACUAAACAGAUGGCUACUUCCUGGAACAUUGUGCAGUCACCAGAUCCAGUUUUAUCACUGCAUUGCUUGUAACUACCACAGUGCUUCCCGUACUCUUUUGUUUGUUUUACACACAAGUAUUCAAUCUCUCUCUCUCUUUCAAUACUAGAAUACCAUUGAGCCACGUAUCUGUACUUCUGUGUAACACCAUUCGAGUAUUACUCCCAAGACUCUUAACAGAGGUUACUGCCACAUCUGAUGAAUCUCUGCAGGAAGAUAAAACUUUCUUUAAAAAAAAAAAAAAACA